ACCAAUUAUCUGCAUUACACUAUACCAGCCGCGAAAGUAGCAGCUGAUCCGAAAAGCUUGCCCAAGUCGGCAGCCAGGGGCCCACAAAGNGGAUUCUCUGUUGUCGAAGCAUACGUAGGCGAACGUUACGCUCACGGUGCAAGAACCUGGACCAAAUUGGCAUCAGCCGCAAGUCCUAUGACCCGACCUGACCUGACCUGA